GUUGAGUUGAUGAUGAUGGUUGAUGAUUCUGAUGCCUAAGAAUUUCCAAAAUUUGAAGUUGAUUUGAGCCCAAAAAUGCCAUUUUCCACCUUAUUUAUUCAUUCACCUUCUCUUUUCUUUCUCCCCCUUAUCUAAAAGGACCGUUGGGUCUGCAUUUUUUUGCCAAUCAGUCAGUCCUACUUCAUUCACAGAGACUAUUAACCCCACCCAAUAAAGCCAGAAGAAAAGAGAAAAAACAAAAAAGGAAUAAAAAUUAAAGUAUAUAUAAAACCUAAUAAGUGUGAUUGGGAGGAAGAAGAAAGGAAGAAACACAACAGAAAAUAAGUCAAGAGAGAGAGAGAGAGACAGAAAAAGAGUGGCUCUAAAGACCCUCGAGUGCACAACAAAACAAAAGCAAAAAUAAGCAAAAUCCCACAAUUCUCUCUUUUUUUUUUUUACCCAAAACAAAAGCCUUGUUUUUCACUCAAUUCAUCUUCUUCUUCUUCUUCUCCACCCCCUUAAACCAAACUCAUAACCAACCCUUUUCUUCUUCUCCUUCUUCUUCUUCUUCUCAAUUGCCAUUUGUUAUCAUAAAUUUUAGGCCAAUAGGACAAAAAAAACAUUAAAAUCAUGCAAAUGGAUAUAAUUUCCUCAAAACCUCAAGAAAAAGAGAACCCAUCACCCACAAACUCCCCACACAGCAAUGGAAGUUGUAGCAACGGCAAUGGGGGAUCAACUUCAUCACCACAUCAAAUCCCAACUCCACCAGCCACCCCAAAACCAGUAUCUAGAUCUGAAGUCAAUCCUUAUCCCACCACUUUUGUUCAAGCCGACACAACCACUUUCAAACAGGUAGUUCAGAUGCUGACUGGAUCAUCGGAAACCGCUAAGCAAGCCUCCCCAUCAUCAGAUCCACAACAACAUUCAAACAACAACAACAACAAAGGCUGCAGUAUUCCGCCCAUCAAAACAGGGCAGAAGAAACAGGGGUUUAAGCUUUAUGAGAGGAGGAACAGUCUCAAGAAUGGGCUUAUGAUCAGCCCUUUGGUCCCGGGUUUCCAUCAUCACCAAAAUUCCACUAGCUUUUCUCCCCGGAAGCCGCCGGAGAUCUUGUCCCCCAGCAUUCUCGAUUUCCCGUCUCUUAAACUCAGCCCUGUCACCCCUUUGAAUGAGGAUACUUUCAGCAAGUCUUCUUCGCCUUUGUUGGGGAAUUCUUCCGAAGAGGAAAAGGCUAUUGCCGAGAAGAAAUUCUAUUUGCAUCCGUCUCCAAGAACAACCACGCCUAGAGAUUCUGAACCUCAGUUAUUGCCACUCUUUCCGGUCACUUCCCCCAGAGUAUCAUCAGGCUCUUCAUCUUGAACCCAGAAAAGAAAGAACAAAAACAGAGUAUUGUCUAAUUGUGAGUUCUGUUUUUUGUAGAGGGUGUUGAAAGAGAGAAACAGGUAGAGAUCAAACUCUGCUUCCCAAAAUGUACAAUUUGAUUGACCCCUCUUCUUCUUCUUCUUCUUCUUCUUUUUUUUUUAAACUUCUUCUUCAUCAUUGUCUCAAGCCAAGAAAAAUGAGGACGUUGAUUUUUACUCUUCAAUUAUGAACUUCAGUUUUUUAAUUUUUUGUUUUCUAUUUUACCUUUUCUUUUUGUGACCAAGUCUUGGGAUAAUGAAACUGCCGGAAAAAUCUAAUUCCAAAUUUGUGGAGUUUUGUCCUUUGUUCUUGUGUCACGUGAAUGGCUUCAUUAUAAUGCAAAAGUUGUAAGUAAAUACUAGGAAGAAGGUGAUUGAUAAUCCCACUAUCCAAGUUUUUUUAAAAAAUGCCAAUACACAUAUAAAAAAAGAUUGUUACUUUAUAACAUUUUGCGUUUACAUUUGCUUUCAUUACAUUUGAUCAGAUGAUUCAUAUUCAUAUUCUUGGCAUAUAUGCAGUUUUGCACUAAACACAUGAGAUAAUGAUCUUUAUAAUGUCAAAUUGGUCAGAUGGACCAAAAAUUCAGAUUCUUACACUUGCAUUUUAUGUCUUUUUUCUUUCUUUUUUUUACUGCUGUUGGAACAACAAAAUAUCAAUGCCAUAAUUUAAAAUUUUUCCCAACUUGGGUGUUUGUAGUUUAAAGUGCAUAGCAAUAAAUCAUUCCCCCUUUUUCUUUUUGUCAAAAUGGCAAUAAUUUUGAAGGGGGAACCCAAUAAUGAGUUUUUGAAAGGAAAGAAGAAAAAAAAAAAAAAAGGUUCAGACCUGCCCUCUGAUACUGUGCAUUUAAUAAGUUGCUGUUGAUGUUGUUUUUCAAAUUCUACAAGUGUAGCGCGAGAUCAAACAACACUAUCAUAGAAUUAAUACACAAAAUUAUAGAUUGUGAUUUUGUGAGUUAGAUUGGGUUAAUAGAAGGUAGGUGCAGGAGGUUUUGUGCAGCUUUCACUGGCCCAACCUUUACAGAAGAACAAGUACUUUACAUGUUUAGGGUUUACCAUUGCUAGGAGCUUAGGACAUACACAAACAAACUGAAGAAAAUCUAGUAAACCUGAGCUCCCGUGUACAUGUAAUAAUAAUU